GGAGAAGGUUGUGUUGAUGUGUGAGUCUUCUUCUUCCGCCCAUAGCGUUCGGUCGUGUUUUCGCGUCGCUCCGUGUUACUUUCUUCUUGUUUACGCCUGGAUAUUUGGAGUGUAUGUUGUUAUUUGAAAGAUUAACCUCCCAGGCUACACCUGCCGUGCCAAGAACUGUAUGAGCUAUCGCCGAGGAAAGCCAAAGGACGCGGUCAGCAAAAAAAAAGUGUCUCAGAGCCUUGGCGGAGAAAUGCUAAUGGACGGCGUCGCGUCCAACAAAACAAGUACACACAACGGAAUAAACAAGUCGAGGAACGAAGAAGACGGCAGAAUCGAGUGAAACCCUAUUUUAAAACAGAAAUCUAUAUAUAAUUUGGAUAUUUCGGUGUUUGAUUCCGACUGUCUGCGAGUGCGAGUGCGUGCGCGUGUGAGAGUGUGUGGGUUGCAUACCACGGCGAAUAAGUGCAAUUGCAGUGGAGCAGUGGAGAGCAGUCACAUACACACAUAAUUGGAUUAUGGCCACACGGCAAUAAGAACGCCAGCAGCAGCAGCCAAGCACCAUCAGCAGCACCAGCAACGAGAGCCAAACAGAGCUCCAACUGCAGCUACCCGGGCUUCCAGAACAGCUUCCCAGAACUGCAAAGUGCCAACCACAACCACAACCAUUCCAAGCCAACCCACAGUAGCCCAAGCAACAAAGUACACAAGGCCUCUGUCGAAAAUCAUUCGUUCAGUGUUCAGUUAUUGAAGUUGAAGUGCUUUUUUUAUUUGUUUCCAAAAUUGUCAAACUCGGACCGAUGGGUCCGAUAACUGUUUCGUGCUGCGUUCAAUAAACUAAACCCCCGCCCCCCAAAAAUAGCAUCCGUGUCAACAAUAGUAGCUGUUCCCGUCGUCAUCCACCCAGUAUUUGUGUUGUCAUGGAAGGUACCAUGGUCUAGGCGCGGCUCCAGCAGAUCCAUACACACAGAUCCUGACUGAUCCCCGGGAAUCAUCCACCACAAUUCACAAGCAGGCAAGGCAAGGCCGCCACUCUCCUCCUCGUCCUCGUCCUCGUCGUUGGGCACCGGCACCCUCCCCUCCGGCUUAGAAAACACAACACCCACAUCCGGAUACGACAGCAACAUACGUCGCAGCUGAUAAACAUGAACCUAAAUCAGCACAGUGGACCUGGACCGCCGUCGGGCGAUCAGGUGGACUCCUCGACCACCACCACCUCCGCCUCCGCCUCCUCCUCCUCGGCCGCCUACUCCUCCCCCUUCGUCUGGCCCAGCACAGCGGGUAUGUGCAGCAGCAGCAGCAGCAGUAGCAGCCCCGCCACCGCAUCAACAGCUCCACCACUGGGCGGAUUAGCUUACAAGGGAGCAGGAGCAGUAGCUGGACCCACAGCCAACGGAGAUGCCAUCACGGAACUUCACAAUGGUGGGCCAGGUGGGAUCACGAACGGCCUCCCGCCGGCGCCUGUUGCGCGGACCAUAUCGUCGGACCGCCUCGUCACCGGCAUCUCGUGUCGGGCGCUGCGGACGGCCGUCUCGGCCUUGUAUUCCGUCGAUGAUUUCGUCAAGGAGAAGAUUGGCUCGGGAUUCUUCUCGGAGGUGUACAAGGUCACACAUCGUACAACCGGGCAGGUGAUGGUCCUGAAGAUGAAUCAGCUGCGGGCCAAUCGACCGAACAUGCUGCGGGAAGUCCAGCUGCUGAACAAACUGUCGCAUGCCAAUAUAUUGAGCUUUAUGGGCGUCUGCGUGCAGGAGGGACAACUGCAUGCCCUGACCGAGUACAUCAACGGUGGCUCCCUGGAGCAGCUGCUGGCCAACAAGGAGGUGGUGCUCAGCGCCACGCAAAAGAUAAGACUGGCGCUGGGUAUAGCGCGUGGCAUGGCCUACGUUCACGACGCAGGCAUCUUCCACAGGGAUUUGACGAGCAAGAACGUACUUAUUCGCAACUUGGCCAAUGAUCAGUACGAAGCCGUCGUGGGUGACUUUGGUCUAGCCGCAAAGAUACCAGUUAAAUCCAGAAAAUCACGCUUGGAGACCGUCGGUUCCCCCUACUGGGUCAGUCCGGAGUGUCUGAAGGGUCAGUGGUACGACCAGACCAGCGACGUCUUCUCCUUUGGCAUCAUCCAGUGCGAGAUUAUCGCCCGCAUCGAAGCCGAUCCGGACAUGAUGCCGCGCACGCCAUCGUUUGGCCUGGACUAUCUGGCCUUCGUCGAGCUCUGUCCUAUGGAUACGCCACCCGUGUUUCUGCGCCUCGCCUUCUACUGCUGCCUGUACGAUCCGAAGAGCCGACCCACCUUCCACGAUGCCGGAAAGAAGCUGACGCUUCUGCUGGAAAAAUACGAACACGAAUCAUCGGCGGGAGCGAGUCCUCUGAGCUCCCUAGAGCUGAUAAACUGCUCGCCAGGAGGCAGUGACUCGGAGCAUAUAGCAGCAACAGCCAGGCCACUAACCUCAGCACCCACCGUAGCCACCAUUUGCACGGCUCCGGCGGGUGUACUGACACCACGGCAUCUGAGGGAAGUGGACGAAGAAGGCUUUCGUUUCCCGAGCAAAAAGUCAGCAUCGGCCGCACUACCAGGCACUCCCAAUGGAUCCGCUGGUAGCACUGGCUUCGACGAUCACAUACUUAAGUCGCGAGUGCGGCGGGCUACCCAAAAACUAGAAGCCGAGAUUCUAUUGCACCGACGCUCGCUGAGCGAGAACAUCAUCCACUUUCCGAUGCACACGUCGCCCAGCGAUAAGGCGCGAUGUCAUCAAAUGUCGCGUCAGCGCUCUUCCACCCACUCACCAACGCCUCCGAGACAACUUUCAUCGGUCCAAUUGCCCGUCACAGCUAUUCCCGAUCCCCCGCCACUUCCGCAACCGGUGCCCGCUGUUCUCACACUUCGGAAAGUGGGCGAAACUAUGUGCCUCAAGGAUCCACAGUACAAACGGCCGUCUGGCAACGAUCACAAUGGCUCCAAGCCGAAUCCCUUCGAGGCGUUGGCCCAGCUGCGCGGCGUCAAAAAGAUUCUAGAUGCCAAUCCGAAGACAUAUGCAGCAGGCGUGGGUGAUCUGUUUAGCUCGUGCUUUGAGAUGCUGGCUCCAUUCUUCAAAGAAUUGGCCGCCAUGCAGGGAAAGGCGGUGCCGCAAGGUGCGGGAGCUGGGUCAGCUGAGGGCAGUGAAGUGGCAACCCAAGCAGCAACAACGGCAGCCACGCCCAGUGAACCAAAGAGUCUGCCUGUUUCGCCACACAUGACUCGCAAGUACAGCGCCAUUGAGCUGCGACUACCACAAAGGAUUAGUAAUGCUGCUCCGGCUGCUGCUCCAGAACCCACUCCAGCUGCAGAAGAAUUGCCGGCGGACGAGGAUGAUUGUGAUGAGUGCAAUUCAGAGGGCGAGGAUCCCGAUGGAGGCGGGAACUGUGCGGACGCGGAGUCCAGCAGUGAUGAUAGUGUCGAUCGCCCACCCUCCGUUCCUCGCAAAUUUCGGGCAAACUCUCUAUACACCCACCCGCUCUUCCGGGGCUCCAGCGGCACCAGCUUAAAGAGCAACGGCACCAGCGAAUUCGAAAAUCCAGCUUUGCUGAAGGCCAGUGCCUCAACGCUGACCUUGACAGCCUCCACAGUGGGCGCUUCGAACUCCAACGAGGACUUGACUGAUUGCAAAAAAUCCAAAGAACAAACGGUUGCCAGUACCGCGGCCAUUACCGCCCUACCUUCACCUACACCUCUCUCCUCCGGCUGCUCGACCAGAUUGGCCGAGGCGCCCGCCUCUGUGUCAUGCACCGACCUAGAGCUCGACGAAAUAAAGAAUACCUGCGAUCUGAGCGAGCUGAAGAACUCCUGUGAACAGCUACCCUCGAAAACGAAUCUAACGCGACGCGACUCCAUUGAAAGUGGCUUCUUCUCGUGCUUCAACGAGGAAUCGGAUGCUGCAAUGACCAACAACAGCUUCGGCCGGCAGUUCAACGGAAUCGGAUCAUUGGGAAUGGGAUGUAGCGGCGGAGGAGUGAACAGCAGCAACUGUUGUUACGAACAGUUGAAGACUCAGCUACUGCUCGAUGCAGGAAGUGGCGCCAACAGUGAACUCAACGAUAAACUGGCGAGUCUGUGCCGAUGCUGUUACUACGCUACCUCAACAUCCAAUGCAGCAGUAACUGCGGCAGCUGCUGCUGCUCAGCAGCAACACCAAAACCAGCUUCUUAACGACACCUCUUCAACGUCUUCGUCUGUGCUGCUAAUAGACAACGAUCCCUGCGUUCUCGGGGGCAACACCUCAUCCUCCACGGCUUUGGACUCGAUGGAUGACCUGGACGCCGAGAUUGUGCCAACCCGACCGGUCCACCAACGCCGCUAUACCUGUCACCAUGCGCUGCUUGGGGGAAACGGAAGCGAUUCUCAAAUGGCAGCCACCGCAGGACUCAUCAACCGCUUGGCUUUGGACUCUGAGAUCCAUACACUGCUCCAGCGCAGUCCAUUUGCGACGAACCAGCUGCUGUACUGCAAGAACCGAACGUCCUCCAUCUACACAGACAGCUCCGAUGACAUCAGCAGUCUGGCAGGAUCGGACUCAUUGCUCUGGGACGAUCGCUCCUUCACGGCGCUGCCGAGCACGCGAUCCGCCCAAAUAGCCAAGAUAGUAGAGUAUUUUGAGCGCAAGCGACAGGACUCCUCGCCACCGUCGAUCCAUCAUCGGACCGGAAAUGGGACUGUGGCUGCCGCCGUCGCUGCAUCGGCCCUGGGAUCCAACUACCUCUCGUACGAGUCGCGUCGCUAUUCGGACUUUAAGCGACACCUUAACGCAGAUGCCCUAUGCUUCGACUUGGAUAAGAAGCCGGCCCAGCAGCGAAUGAUGGUGUGCGAGGGGGCCGUUAAAUCGAAGCUACCCAUAUUCGACAAGAAAAAGCAACAGCAGGGCGGCUAAUGGACGGGAUUUGGCAAUGGAAACACAGUCCGAAUACCUAUACAUUAGCUUAUUCGUUCAGUCACCUUGCGACUUUGUUAGAUUCAUUGAGAUUUUUACCCUCAUUCCCAAUUCCUUCACAUCUGGCAGUAACGCUUUCUAAGAAUACAACAGAAAAAAAAAGGAAAAUAAUUUUUCCACUAAAGUUGGUUAGUUCCCAUGCCUGAAAAGUGUACUUUAGUUCAUAGUUUUAUUUCCUUAUCAUGUCAUGUGUAAAGAGAGCAAUUUCAAAUAAGCCAAAAUGUUCUACUAAAAAAUUAUCAUGCCCUUAACUAACCGUAAGAGAAACCAUUUCGUUUGUAUUAGUUGGAAAGUGGAAAGUGUGUCUAAUUAUUAUUAACUUGCAAUUGCAUAUACAUAAUCACAUAUAACAUAAUCAUAUGUCGUACUGGUUCCUAGUCUUUCAAAUUUACAUCGCUAUAUAUUAUGCUAAAUUAGUGAGUAUGCUAGAAACCAAUCUUGGAAAGUAUUUAUUCUUAUUAAUUAAAUCUGUCAAUGGUAUACUCCUACGAAAUGGCAAAGCUGUUUUCUAUACAUACAAUAUUAUUAAUAUUAUCAUUAAAUUAAUCGCUAUAUUUAUUUGGUUUUGUUUAAAACUCUGUAUAAAAUGAUUAUGUUUAAACUACAAUAAAAAUUUACACAUAUACAUUAAAUGGCAUAUUGCAAUACAUACAUUUUAACAGUAGAAAAUAUUUAUGAUGUAAGAUCAAAGAUAAAUAUCUAUAAAGACCUAUCGACUUGAGGUUGUAAGACUUGAAUCGGUUUUAUCAUCGAAAACUGUACAUAUUUAUGCUCCCGGAUAAGUUUAAAACCGAAAUAUUAUAUCUUUGGCGCUCCCCAAACGCCUGAAUGAUGAUACUUUAUUUUUAAAUGCCUAUGUUAGUGAUACGAGGUUAUCGGCAUUACAAAUAAAUACAUACAUAUGUAUACAUUAAAAAAAUAGCCUGAUUAGUGUUUUAUCAGGCAUAAUUUC